AUGACGCCCUGGGAGAAGGGGCCCGUGGUCCAGGGCCGGGAUAGCUACCACAGUGAGAUGCUGAUGAUGAUGACGGUGGCAGUGGUAGUGAUGGCGAUGGGGGUGAUAUUAAUAGUGAUGAUGGUGUCAGGGAUGGUGGUCUUGGGGGUGGUGAUGGUGGUGAUGAUAACGGCUACAUUUUGGGGCGGAGGAAAGCGCAAAGGGAAAAGCAAGAAGUGGAAGGAAAUCCUGAAGUUCCCUCACAUCAGCCAGUGUGAAGACCUCCGGAGGACCAUAGACAGAGACUACUGCAGCUUAUGUGACAAGCAGCCGAUCGGGAGGCUGCUUUUCCGGCAGUUCUGUGAAGCGAGGCCUGGGCUGGAGUGUUACAUUCAGUUUCUGGACUCAGUGGCAGAAUAUGAAGUUACUCCAGAUGAAAAACUGGGAGAAAAAGGGAAGGAAAUUAUGACCAAGUACCUCACCCCUAAGUCCCCAGUUUUCAUCGCCCAAGUCGGUCGGGACCUGGUCUCCCAGACGGAGGAGAAGCUCCUACAGAGGCCCUGCAAAGAGCUCUUCUCGGCCUGUGCACAGUCUGUCCAUGACUACCUACGGGGAGGGCCCUUCCGUGAGUACCUGGACAGCAUGUAUUUUGAUCGCUUUCUCCAGUGGAAGUGGUUGGAAAGGCAACCGAUAACCAAAAACACCUUCAGGCAGUACCGAGUGCUGGGGAAGGGGGGCUUCGGGGAGGUCUGUGCCUGCCAGGUUCGGGCCACGGGGAAGAUGUACGCCUGCAAGCGCUUGGAGAAGAAGAGGAUCAAGAAGAGGAAAGGGGAGUCCAUGGCCCUCAACGAGAAGCAGAUCCUGGAGAAGGUCAACAGCCCGUUUGUGGUCAACCUGGCCUAUGCCUACGAGACCAAGGACGCGCUGUGCUUGGUCCUGACCAUCAUGAACGGGGGCGACCUGAAGUUCCACAUCUACAACAUGGGGAACCCCGGUUUCGAGGAGGAGCGGGCCCUGUUCUACGCGGCGGAGAUCCUGUGCGGCCUGGAAGACCUGCACCUGGAGAACACCGUCUACAGGGACCUGAAACCCGAGAAUAUCCUGCUAGAUGAUUACGGCCACAUUAGGAUCUCCGACCUGGGCCUGGCCGUGAAGAUCCCCGAGGGAGACCUGAUCCGAGGCCGGGUGGGCACCGUCGGCUACAUGGCUCCCGAAGUCCUGAACAACCAGAGGUACGGCCUGAGCCCCGACUACUGGGGUCUGGGCUGCCUCCUCUACGAGAUGAUCGAGGGCCAGUCGCCGUUCCGGGGCCGCAAGGAGAAGGUGAAGCGGGAGGAGGUGGACCGCCGGGUCCUGGAGACGGAGGAGGUGUACUCCCACAAGUUCUCCGAGGAGGCCAAGUCCAUCUGCAAAAUGCUGCUCACCAAAGACGCGAAGCAGAGGCUGGGCUGUCAGGAGGAGGGGGCCGCGGAGGUCAAGAGGCACCCCUUCUUCAGGAACAUGAACUUCAAGCGCUUGGAAGCCGGGAUGUUGGACCCGCCCUUCAUUCCAGAUGUGAGUAGCUCCUCCAGCCCAGACUGAGCCUGUGCCCUGUUCCCAGCCUGGCACUCACCGAAUGUCGGUUCCGGACCUCGAUCCCGGGGCCGAGGAGACCCGUGGGCAGGCGGCGGCCUCUGCCCUCCGGUGACAGACAUGUCACCCGGGCUGGGGGCCCUGCAUCCAUCCUGGAGUCACCUCCUCCAUGAAGUCCUCGUCCUCAGACCUACAGGCCCCAGAGCCCCAGGAAGGCUCAGUCCCAGCUUUGAGUUCCUGGAGGGGAAGGCCUGCCUGCGUCGUCUCUGUGGGCCUCAGCAGAGAGCAGCCCAGUGCGUGGCUGGGGGGAGUGAGAUAAAGAUAUUACCGCCAGAUGAUGAUAUCACGCGCGCUUACAGCCCAGGCGCAGGCGCUCCCAUAGCCCGGCCUGCAGGUGGGAGACAGGCCCGUGGGACGUGGGACUUUUCCAAAUUCCUAAGCACCAGCGCUGGGACCCAGAAGGCCCGUCUGGCUGCAGAGCCUGGUGCCGAGCCCUUUGGUGCCCCGUAAUGUGAGAGGGGGUUGGGGAGGCCCCCUGGGAGGUGUCCGUGGCUGCGUGUUCCUCGGGCCUGGGAACCAGCAUUCGCUCUCUAUGGCGGGGCCCAGUGUCCCAAACAGAAAGGACUUUGGAAACUUUCCCCGUCCCAGCCCUGGGCCUCUGGGGAACAAAGACUGUGUGACG